GUGAGCGAUUAGACCACAGCUCCUGUGAAGCUCUGGAAGUUGUCCUGAAAUCGCUGCACUUUGAUUUCAUCAGUCUGCAGGCAGCCCAACUGGAAGAAAAUGGAGCGGCGUCCUUGCUGGAUAUGAUUUUGUACUACGAAUCUACAACACAUCUUGACGUUUCUGACAACAGCAGUAUGGGAACAUCGGCUUGGAGGGCCCUCGCUCAUUUGAUAAAGCAGAGUGUGUGUCUGUCCAGGCUGGAUGUGUGUAACGUGCCCCUGGGGAACUAUCAGGUGCAGUCGUUAUCCAAAGCUCUGCUGACCAGCCGGCUCACAGUCCUGCACCUCCACAACACCCAGCUGAGCGGCAUGCCGCUGUUCACACUGGUCGGUGCCCUGAAGACAAACAGAGCUUUACAGGAGCUCCAUUUAACCAACAACCUGCUGAACAGCUUCCAGGACGCCCUGCAGCUGGGGGACCUGCUGCAGUACAACAACACUCUGCAGACUCUGGAGCUCAGCAGCAACGCUCUGGCAGAUGCUGGACUGGAGGAGCUGUGUGACGGUCUGUCAAAACAGACAAAAGGUCUGAGAGUCUUAMUGCUGCGGAACAAUCAAAUCACCGWGAGGGGCAUGGGUCCCCUGGCCAAGAGUGCUGUGGCUUUGGCUGAAGUCCUCGCAGAGAGCCGCCACAUUCAGAGACUGGACCUCCGUCAGAACCCGGUGAAGCUGGGGGGUCUGAUGGCCCUCAGUCUGGCCCUGAGGAUCAACCGCUCUCUGGCCCAGCUGGAUGUGGACCCCAUGCCUCCAGAGGAGCAGGUAGCUGGUUCUGUAAGUCCACGUGGCUCCAAUCAAAGGUUUUUACUGCAGGAACAWAUCAUAAACCUUAAAACACAUGAAGAGCUCUGAAUUCUCCGACUUUAAUACUGUAGAUAAAUAAAAAAUAAAUCAAA